GGGGCGGCCAGCCAUGACCUUCGGGCGCGGCGGGGCGGCCUCGGUGGUGCUGAACGUGGGCGGCGCCCGGUACUCGCUGUCCCGGGAGCUGCUCAAGGACUUCCCGCUGCGCCGCGUGAGCCGGCUGCACGGCUGCCGCUCGGAGCGCGACGUGCUCGAGGUGUGCGACGACUACGACCGGGAGCGCAACGAGUACUUCUUCGACCGGCACUCGGAGGCCUUCGGCUUCAUCCUGCUGUACGUGCGCGGCCACGGGAAGCUGCGCUUCGCGCCGCGGAUGUGCGAGCUCUCCUUCUACAACGAGAUGAUCUACUGGGGCCUGGAGGGCGCGCACCUGGAGUACUGCUGCCAGCGCCGCCUAGACGACCGCAUGUCCGACACCCACACCUUCCACGCAGCAGACGAGCUGGGCCGCGAGCAGCCUCGACCCGCCGGACCCGAGACCGCUCCCUCCCGGCGCUGGCUGGAGCGCAUGCGGCGGACCUUCGAGGAGCCCACGUCGUCGCUGGCCGCGCAGAUCCUGGCCAGCGUGUCUGUGGUGUUCGUGAUCGUGUCCAUGGUGGUGCUAUGCGCCAGCACGCUGCCCGACUGGCGCGCGGCGGUUGCCGACAACCGCAGUCUGGAUGACCGGAGCAGGUACUCCGCCAGCCCUGGGAGGGAACCCUCCGGGAUAAUUGAAGCUAUCUGCAUAGGCUGGUUCACCGCGGAGUGCAUCGUGCGGUUCAUCGUCUCCAAAAACAAGUGUGAGUUUGUCAAGAGACCCCUGAACAUCAUUGACUUACUGGCAAUCACACCCUAUUACAUCUCUGUGCUAAUGACAGUAUUUACAGGCGAGAACUCUCAACUGCAGAGGGCUGGGGUCACCUUGAGGGUCCUCCGAAUGAUGCGGAUCUUCUGGGUGAUUAAGCUUGCCCGGCACUUCAUCGGUCUGCAGACAUUGGGCUUGACUCUUAAGCGAUGCUACCGAGAGAUGGUUAUGUUACUUGUCUUCAUCUGUGUUGCCAUGGCAAUCUUUAGUGCACUCUCUCAGCUCCUUGAACAUGGGUUGGACCUGGAGACAUCCAACAAGGACUUCGCCAGCAUCCCCGCUGCCUGCUGGUGGGUGAUUAUCUCUAUGACUACAGUUGGCUAUGGAGAUAUGUAUCCUAUCACGGUGCCUGGGAGAAUUCUUGGAGGAGUUUGUGUUGUCAGUGGGAUUGUUCUGUUGGCGUUACCUAUCACUUUCAUCUACCAUAGCUUUGUGCAGUGCUACCACGAGCUCAAGUUUAGAUCGGCUAGAUAUAGUAGGAGCCUCUCGGCUGAGUUCCUGAAUUAAUGUGUUGCAAACCGGUCCUUGUGCACACUUCCUCUGGUAGAGUUGACACUACUUCUUAUUCAUGUGUUUCUCCCUGGGUGAGCACUGCAAUGAUGUUGUCCUCCUGUUGGAAGGGUGACAUUAUUCUUCCCAGCUGAAGGGAUAAAGCGGUUUCCUUAUGGAGUCGUCAGGACUGGGACCACACACACAGGAAAGUAUCAGGAGAGAAAAUGCUAGGACCAGGUUUUUAGCCCCUCUCGUCUCCCUCCACCUCACCUCGCACAGCUACAGUGUGGUAGGCCUGUUCUUAAGCACAUUAUUUGAACACUUUAAAGCA